AAGAAGAUGAGGUCAUUUUAAGGAUAUUUUCAGAUAUUAAGUUACUUAGAUGACAUCAAAUAUAUGAUAGAUCACAAAAUGGCAGCUGUUUUAGUGACUGAAACUCAUAAUUAUCUGUCUUUUUUCGGACAAAAAACUUCAUUUGAGGUCUGGGAAUGCAGAGCCUUUUCAUGACGUCAACUUUACCUACUUUGCAGGAAGUGACGGUGGUGAAAGACAAAACAAAACGAAAAUUCACAGACUUUUCCAGGAACUUUGAAGAUUUAGUUUUGUUAAAAAGAAUUCCACAUUGCCUGCGGAAUUUAGGGAGGGGAACGGAACAAUGAGGAGACGGGAGCUGGUAUUUCGGUCCGAGAAACCAAAGGCCUGCCAGACAAAGCCUCUGCAUAGGCGUAUUUAGAUUGGAUUACUUUUGAAAGAACUCUUCUUUAAAAGUUUUGUGGAUCACUUGCAGUACAUUGUGUUCCACAGACUCACCUGUGCAGAGGAGAAGAUCUGAGCUUCAGGAACAUCAGAGGUUGCGCUCUCCUGCCUGGAAUAAUAUGGAAUACAAAGAGUGACUAUUGACCACAACAUCAAACCAUCAAAGCUGACAACACUUUUCAGUUUCUUGUUGAAGAAAAGGACAUCUUUAUCCAUCAAACAUCUGUUUGACAGAACCAGGGGUGAUGUUUCCAGCCUGAUUACAACGAUGUUCCCCCUGAGGAAGACCAGCCUUCCUUCACCCACCAUGGAGGACUCGUUCUUCCCUCUGUCCUCAGCUUCUCCGGUGUCCCUGUCCUAUGCUAUCCCUUCAUCCUCACCGGAGAAUGUUGACAGUGGAGGAGGGAUGGAGACGGAUCUGAUCCUGGCUGCAGAGCUGGGUCAGGCCUUGCUGGAAAAGAACGAGGAGCUGGCAGCAUCUCUGGAGCAGAGGGAGAGGGACUUGGAGGCUUUACAGCAGGAGAAGCACGUUCUGCAGAGGAAGCUGGAGAUGAGGGGGCUGGAGUCCGGGCAGAGGGAGGCGGAGCUGAUGACUGACCUCGCCACGGUUAGAGCAGAGCUGAAGAAAUACCUGAAUGAAGGGCGUGAGCGGCGGAAAGAUGAAACUGAGCAGAUGACUCAGCUAGCCAGCCAUAACCAGAGACUGGUGGAGCAGCUGGCAGAGGCUGUCACCCUGGAACACUCCUUGAGGACUGAGCUGCGCUGUCUGAGAGAGGAGAUGGAGGAGUCCUCUUUCAGCCGCAACAUCAGCCUCACACAGCUAAAGAACUGGCAGGCAGAGAACAGGGUCUUGAAGGAGCGGCUGGCACACAUGGAGGCGCAGCUGAAGAAUUGGCAGGAGGACAGCCAGAGGCUGCGCUCAGAGAGGGAUGGACUGAAGGAGACAGUGCUGGAGCUGCAGAGCAGACUGAGUGAGAAGGAGGCCGAGGCAAAAGACGCACUGCUGGCUCACUCCACUGUCCUGCAAGCAAGGGAUGAAGAAAUACAAGCACUAAAAGAGAAGGUCCAGUCUCAACUAGAGGAACUUGAGAGUUUGAGGGACGAGCUCAAGUCUUCCCAAGGCGGCCCUGAGAAGCCAAGUUACAGAUCCCUCGAAAGUGACUUGGCCACGGUGCGCCAAGAAAAAGAAACAUUGACUCAGCAGCUUCUCAACACUAUCAAACAAAAGGUGACGCUGUCUCAAGAGCUAGAGGCCUGGCAGGAGGACAUGCGGCAGGUGAUCAGUCAGCAGGUGGCGCAGCAUGAUGAGCCCCGGCAGGAAAGAAAUGGCUCCUUUGGACUCCAGAGGAGUAAAUCCCUGCGGUUGAAAAAAGACACGGGGAAAAACUUCUUUUCUUUCUUCAAAGACAUUUAACAAGACAGGAGGAGGAGCAGUUUCUCCUCCGCUGUUGGGAUCAGCAGCUGGACACCACAGCCUGAUGUCAGCAUCAGCAGCGUUGGAUUAUAUAUUCACAUGAAUAUACAUGUUCAGAAUAUUUAAAUGGUCACAGACUUUACAUCAAAGAUGUGGUGUUUUUACAGCCGUAAAGCUGAGGAGGACGUCCAGCUGCAGACGGUGCAACGCUCUUGUUAACUUUUACCCGCCCCUCUGUGGCAGAAUAUCACGAGCUGGACUGAAACUUUCUGCUUUCAUCAGGCCGAACAUGUUAGCUGGACAAUCUUAUUUAUUCAGUUAUUGUUAACAAAGAGGUCAAAGACCAGUAAGACACAGGUUGUGUCCAAAUUCCCUCACUACUUAGUGGACUAUGUAUUUAGGCCGUUCGACAUUUUGUCAGUGUCUAAAUCUUCAGUUCCAAAAUUCAGCUUCCUGGAAGUCUCUGUGAAAAACUAGUGUGCACUGAGCAUUCAAUGAGCAAAAAAAAGGGGAAAUGUUUCAAUUCAUUUCAAUCCUGCUCUCUUUGGCCUCUUCACAAUAGUGUUGUAACUUGUUGUACUGUAACCUUUGAGACGGUUGACUGUAUAUGAGAACUGGAUGGAGUCAGUGUGACGUCAUCCAAAAAAAAUAGCUUAGUUCCAGCUCC